UUCACUUUGUACUGUUAGCACUGUCUCAAAUCAACUUCAAGAUGUUGCGGCAGACAAUGAUGUUCAGUCAAGCUUAUAAAGUUUAUCGCUUAUGGUUCAGUGUACUUUCUCAUCAAAUCCAGAAAAUAAAAAUAGUACCAACAAAAAAAUCAAACUUUGGUGUUCAGCUAGCCAUAAAUUAUCAUGAAGGAACUGAAUUUUCAAGUACAGGUAGAAAAGAAAACCAGCAAAGGUCUAUAGCUGUUACUAAUAAUACCCCACCAGUUGUACCAAAGUCAGUAAUAGCUGCACCACCAGAUUUAAGAGAAGUUGAUGUGUUGCUGGAAGAACUUGAGAAGGUGAAAAAUGUGUACAAAUUACUUGAACUUUCUUCACUCCAUCAUAGUGUGAUGAACAAUAAACACUUAGCUAUUUCUUUUCAGAAGAUAUACACAUUUGCUAAGGAGAACUAUCAGGAGCCUUCUGCAGUCACAUCUGUUCCUGGUUUUAAAUGGUUGUGUGAGCGGGUCAUUAAAAGAGCUCGGUUUUUUAACACUGAAGACGUGAUCAAUAUAUUUCGAACUCUUAGCUACCUUAAAGUCCCAUACUCCUCAGCUGUAUGUACUAGCUUGUGUCAGAUGAUUCGACACACCAUCAAUGAUUUGAAACUUUCAGAGAUAAUAUUUUUGGAUUUUUUAUUUCACCAACAGAAACCUACUCCAUUGGUUAGUGCUUUAAAAAUGGCAUUACCACUAGUUAUGGAAUCUCAGUUAGAUAUCCAGCUUGAUCAUGACGAUGUAAAUCAAGUAGCAAGAUGUCUAACAAUAGCUAUUAAAAAGAACUUAAAGUCUUCAACAGUUGAUAAACUUGUACAGAUCCUGUUAAGAUGCCCUAGUGAGCUACAAGUCCAAGAAGCUUUUGGAGUAUGUCUAACAAUAACUCAGAUGAAGUAUCCUACCGAAGAAGCUAGUCAACUUCUUAAUGAAGUUCUAGAAGUACUGGUUAUAAAAAUAGAUGGACUGUCUGUGAAGCAAAUAAGUUGGAUCCUGAGUCAGGCCAUCAAGCAGAAGUUAUAUCACAAAAAACUAUUUGAAGUGAUAUCAAAAAAAGCAUUAGCAGAACACUGGCAGAUGGGACAGUUGUGUACUUUGCUGCAAGCUUUGGUUCUCAAUGAGUUUGUCUUUGUGGAUCUUUUAAUGCAUCUGGCCAAAGAAAUAAUAUCCAAUCCUAGUUCUGUGUACAGUGAUCCUCAAGUGUCUCCAUUGUCAGUGGCUGAGGGAUUUGCACUUUCAGGUUUUUCUCCCCCUCAUGCUGAGGAGGUUUGGAGAGUUCUGGCUGGUUCCACUGAAAAAUUAUCAAAACUGGAAGAAAAAGCUCCUCAUCUUUAUAUUAAAUUCUUUAGCUGCUUAGCACAGUUGGAUUUCUUUCCUCUAGACUUGUUGGAGAAGAUGCUGAAAACCCAAUUAAUUGAUCAAACUCUAUCUAAUCAUAGAUUUAAAAAACACUAUGAAGAAGUACUGAUUGAUGCUUGUAUUCUCCAUCGUACUUCUCCUCUUGGACCAUUUCUGCCUUCUGAAAAAAUCAGCGAAGCCAUCCGUCUGGAGUUUAAUUCCAGAAUAAGUAGGGAAUUUCCAUUACAGAAAUAUUUGGAGAUAGCUGUAGGUGGUCCCCAAUUCCUUAAGACUGGACUUCAAACAAGAUCAGGGCAUUUUAUAGAUCAUAUGAUUGUGAUGAGAAAGGGUGAUUAUCCUGUGGCUAUUAAUGAUAGCACUAAAGAGAGUUCAGCAUAUUUUUGUCAUCGUUUUGACCUGUGUGAAGAUGUCCCAUUGCCAUUUGAUGGAAGAAGAGUGGCUAUAGUAGUUGCUGACAAAACCUUUUAUUGUCGGGAACCACCUUUCCUUAAAGGAUACGUAAAGUCAAAAAUUAAAAGUUUGUCCCAAACAGGAUUUUCUCCAGUGCUGAUCAAUCUGGAGCGAUGGUCUGAACUGCUUGAUCAUGAGAAAAUCCCGUACCUAAUGAGAGAAGUUAAAGAAUCCCUGGAAAAUAGUGGGCCCCACCAGGAAGUUGUAUUCACCAGAUAAUUAAACUGUUCAUAUAUUUCGCUAGUUGUAGUACUAUAGUUUUCUAUUAUCAUGGAAAUUUAUAUUCUGCUCUCCUAAUCUAAAAUAGAAAAAAAAA